AUGGCGAGUCUAGAUGAUACAGUUAUUUCAAAACAAAAUAUGAUGUUACUAGAUAAUGUAACAAAUUAUGAUAAAAUGGCUAUAGAUUAUUUUCAUACACCCUGGCAGAACAUAAAAGAUUUACCGUUAUCUUGGUCACUGUUGUGUAAGAUGAAAAAGCAUAAGUUGUUAAGAUUACCUUCAUGUUCAAUGGAAGAUGAUUUGGAUUACAAUAUAUAUUUACAAAGAUUGCACCACUGUCUUUGGAGGCGUUGGUCUAUAGAAAAUUUCCAUUUAAAUAGUUUCAAGAUAAAUCCUCUGGAUAUUAAUUGGAAUAAAGAGACUGAUAUAACUAUUUUAUAUGGGCCAGACUUUUCCCCUUAUACGGAUAUAGAAAUUAGCAAUACUAAGAAUAGCAAAUAUAAUACAAUAUCUUUUUCAAAGUUUGAUGCUAAUAAAAAAAAAGAGAUCAUUUCAGACACAGAAUCUCUUCAUAGUGAAGAUUCUCUAAUAUACUCAUCAUCACUAGAUUCUUCGUCCUCGUUGUUAUUUGAUAGCCCGAAACACACAACAAAUUCCACAACAUCUAAAAAUAUUCCACUUAAGAAAUCACUGCGAUUUAGUGAGAUUGUUAAAAAAAGAAAUAUCACAGCAUAUGGGGAAUUAAAAGAAUCCUAUAUACAAAUAAAUGAUAAAAUUCACCACCAACAUAGAUUUAGAAAACAUGAGAGAUCGCAUUCCUUACCCUCUCCGUUAUUUUACCCUACAAACGCUGUUGGUAUAGAUUCGUGUGCUAUUGAAACGGAUGAUGAGAAUGAUUUGGAUGACCGUAAUGACUUUGAUGACUUUAUGUUUAAUGUAAUGUAA